UGUUAGGUGUCUCCUACAGACAACAGUGCGCUUAGUGAGAGCAACUACAGCUAGUUACCGGUUAAGCAUCUCUCAUUAAAAUGCAUAUUUUACAUUUGACUUUUUUGUGGUUUGCUUUUGCUGCAGCGCCCGCUCUAGUGCAGUCGCAGGGUUAUGUGCUGGACAAGCCUGUGACCGAACUCUGUCUCACUUGCAUUUGUGAGGCCAUAAGCGGUUGCAAUGCCACCGCCAUUUGCACCAAUCCUAUAAAAGGUGCCUGCGGCAUAUUUCGCAUCACCUGGGCAUAUUGGGUGGACGCCGGCAAGCUGACUAUUAAUAACGAGAAGCCCGAUUCGCAGCGUGCUUUUAUUAACUGCGCCAAUGAUCCGCAUUGCGCCGCCGACACUGUGCAAAAUUAUAUGAAGAAAUUCAAUCAGGAUUGCAAUGAGGAUGGCGAAAUGGAUUGUCUGGACUAUGCGCGCAUACACAAGCUGGGCGCAUAUGGCUGUGGCUUGGAUAAGGAUAUGCCCUAUAGCUAUCAGAGCACCUUUGAUGAGUGCAUUGAGAACUACGAAGAUCAAGGAUUUGUAUAAAGUAAUUUAGUAAAAACAUUGUUAAAUAUAU